CUUCAUUACUAGAAGGCAACUAGGCUAAAUAAACUCGUAUCAAGCAGCGCGACUUCAGGUUCGUAACUGAAAAACGCACUAUUGCCCUCGCGCGUUUCCCCCGGAUAUCAUAAACAGCCUUUCUCUUGCCUCUUCCUCGGUCACUCUAUCCAGCAACGAUGGCAGUGGUCUCUCUCCGUCCCGCCACUUCUUCAUGUCUCCGCUCCAGCACUAGAACCCCUCAGCCUUCUCUCAGUUGUGCAAGCAAAGUCUAUGUGGGUUUAAGGGUUCAAUGCCCAAAUUCUUAUGGGAUUUCAAAAAACAACCUGAAUGUCGAAUUCUAUAACAGAGUUUACCAAAGCAUCGAAUCCAGAUCAUGUGACACUAAGGCAACACGUGCACGUAUUACAAUGAUGCCGAUAGGGACACCAAGAGUGCCUUACAGAAAUGUGACUGAAGGGACUUGGCAGUGGGUAGAUUUGUGGAAUGCUCUUUAUCGUGAACGUGUUAUAUUUAUUGGGCAAAAUAUAGAUGAAGAAUUCAGCAAUCAGAUACUGGCAACCAUGCUGUACCUUGACAGCAUUGAAGACUCCAAGAAGCUGUACAUGUAUAUCAAUGGCCCUGGUGGGGAUCUUACUCCAAGCAUGGCUAUAUAUGACACGAUGCAGAGCUUGAAAAGCCCUGUUGCCACCCACUGUGUGGGCUAUGCCUAUAAUCUGGCUGGCUUUCUUCUUGCUGCAGGUGAAAAGGGCAAUCGAUUUGCAAUGCCACUUUCAAGAAUUGCAUUACAAUCUCCUGCUGGGGCUGCUCGGGGCCAGGCUGAUGACAUUCGUAAUGAAGCAGACGAACUUAUCAGAAUUAGGGAUUACCUCUUCAAGGAGUUGGCACAGAAAACUGGCCAACCAGUUGAAAAGAUUCACAAGGAUUUAAGUCGAAUGAAGCGGUUCAAUGCUCAAGAAGCCCUUGAAUAUGGUCUUAUUGAUCGCAUAGUAAGGCCUCCACGUAUUAAGGCUGAUGCUCCAAAGAAGGAGUCUACAGGUCUUGGUUAGCUUAUUCAUUGCUUGUCACAGACAAAUGAAAAGGUUGUUGACUAUUUAUACCAGAGAAGAUAUUCCUGAGUUUUGAGGUGAUGAAUCGAAUGAAUUGGCGACUGUGUAAUUGAUGCUUGCCUUUCGUCAUCUACUGGCUUACAUACUGAAUUAUUUUCAUAUUUUUCCUGAAUCUCUUGAAGUUUUCUUUUGCU